CUCGGUCUCGUUGGAGGACAGCUUGGGGUGCUCUACCCCAAUAACAACAAGAGAGACACAUGCAGAUGGUAUCUCCUCUCUGCAAGGCCGCAAGGCUUCUCAAGACAGUGUUACUUCUGCUGGUACUUACAGUGGCUGCACAGGAUGAUUCCCGAAUCAUUGGAGGGCAAGAGUGCCCCAAGCAUGGCCAGCCUUACCAGGUCAUCCUCUCAAACAGCAGGAAAAAUGGGCCCGACGUUCAAUGCGGAGGCGUUCUGAUAGACAAAGACUGGGUGUUGACCGCUGCCCACUGCAACCACCAAGGGGAGAUCCACACACGGAUGGGGGAUCACAGCCUCAGGGCCAACGAGGGUUCCGAGCAAUGCAUCACAUCAGCCCAGAAAUUCCCGCACCCAGCCUACAAUCCUACUACACAUGACAAUGACAUCAUGUUGAUACGAUUGCGAAACUCGGCCAACAUCAAUGAAUACGUUCGGCCAAUUGAAGUGGCCACUGAAUGCGCUACACCCAACACACGCUGCGAGGUGUCAGGCUGGGGCACCAUCAAGACUCCUCAAGCUGAGUUCCCUGACCUGCUGCAGUGCGCAACGGUCUACACGGUAUCCAAUGAACAAUGCAAUGAGGCGUAUCCGAAUGCCAUCACGGAAAACAUGCUGUGCGCUGCUGUGAAAAGAGGUGGCGUGGACUCCUGCCAGGGUGACUCUGGUGGGCCCUUAGUGUGCAACAACAAACUCCAAGGCCUUGUCUCUUGGGGUAUGCAGGUCUGUGCCCAACCUGGAAAGCCUGGCGUCUACACAAAUCUCUGCCGAUUCACUGGUUGGAUCCGGGACACCAUACAAAAAAAUGCAGGCUACAGAGCUGCUGAUACUUGCUAGUGCAAUGGAGAGAUGAUAUGCUCUGGGACCAGGAUGUCCGAAUAAAUGAUAUGAAAUUGA